CGAACAACGAACAAGUUGUUAGUUGUCAAUGAGUUUUCAGUUUUGUACUCAACGCUCACACCCUUGGGAUUCGAUCCAAUUUCCCUUCCAUUUUCCAUUUUCCCUUGGCCACUUUACAGUAAAGAAGAAGAGAGAGAAGAUAGAGGGCGAGAAAGAAAACAAUUCUAUCAAUUCAACAUAUUACUACACCGAGGAAGAACUCCAACUUUUGGUUGGAAUAACUACUCAGAAUCGUCUUCUUCGAUUUUCCUGUUUAGAGCUCUGUUUCGUUCCAAUUUCCAUUUCCAGAUCAAAGCAUGUUCAAUUCUGCAAACCUUACCUUGGAUGCUCACUGUUUGCUGAUGAAAACGAACAAGGUGCUACACUCUUAGAACUGGACUUUUGACUUGGGGACUUUUGUAUGUCUGGUCCUGUGGCCACAGUUGAUGAUGUUGAAGAUGCUCCCCAUUUGUCAGAAAGCGGAUUAUCUGCUGAUGCCUUGUCACUUGGUGAAAGCAAUCGAUCAUUAAAAUUUUCUAAUGGGGUAGUUUCUCAUAGAUCAUCUGAGCACCCUUCACUUCGGUUCGGAGAGGUCUUCCUUCGGAAUGGAGAAGCGUACUCUGGCUCCUUAAUUGGGAAUGUACCAGAGGGUUCUGGUAAAUAUUCCUGGUUAGAUGGUUGCAAAUAUGAGGGUGAGUGGCGAUGUGGAAUGCGGCACGGUUAUGGGAAGCUUCAAUGGCCAUCAGGUGCUGUGUACGAGGGGGAUUUCUCUGGAGGUUAUAUGCACGGUACAGGCACAUAUACUGGACGAGAUCACAUCACCUAUAAGGGCCGUUGGAAAUUAAACCUUAAACAUGGUUUAGGAUUCCAAGUAUACCCCAAUGGAGACGUGUUUGAAGGAGCUUGGAUUCAAGGAAAUCCGGAAGGGCCUGGGAAGUACAUAUGGGCCAAUGGAAAUGUCUACGUUGGAAAUCUGAAAGGAGGAAAGCUUUCAGGGAAAGGUACUCUCACGUGGGCCAAUGGGGACUCUUAUGAAGGGAACUGGCUAAAUGGUAUGAUGAAUGGAUUUGGUAUAUAUACAUGGAGUGAUGGCAGUUGCUAUAUUGGUACAUGGACCAGGAGUUUAAAGGAUGGGAAAGGGACAUUUUACCCAAAAGGGGGCAAACUUCCUGCUGGUCAGGAACUGUAUCUCAAUGCUUUAAGGAAGCGAGGGCUGCUACCGGAUUUAAGAAAACAAAAUCAGGUUUCGCAUAUUCAUCAAGCUUCUUCAAUUGAAGUGGGGGCCGCCGCUAAAGUUGUUGGAAAUAGAGGAUCUCAUCAGAGUCCAGCUGAUAAGCUUUCUAACGGAGAUCUACUGAAAUGGGAGCAGUCUCGUUCCACAAAUGUGUCUAUAGAACGGCGUUGGAGCCUGGAGGUAGCGAUUGAAAAAGUUAUAGGAAAUGAUUUAUCUUUGUACGGCGAAGAUAAUGAGAACGAAAGAGAUCCUCCAAUCCUGGAAAGAGAAUACAUGCAAGGUGUCUUAAUCAGUGAACUUGUCAUCAGCGACAGUUUUUCACCAUCAUCAAAAAGAGUGAGAAGGCGACAAAAGAAACUUGCAAAGGAGAUAAAGAGGAUAGGAGAAACAAUAAUUAAAGGUCACAGGAGUUACGAUCUUAUGCUCAGUUUACAGCUCGGAAUCAGAUAUACAGUCGGGAAAAUAACACCUAUCCAGAGACGAGAUGUUAGGGCUUCUGAUUUUGGCACCCGUGCCAGCUUCUGGAUGAACUUUCCCAAGGAGGGAUCACAAUUGACUCCUCGGCAUCAAUCAGAGGAUUUCAAGUGGAAAGACUAUUGUCCAAUGGUUUUUAGGAAUCUGAGGGAAAUGUUUAAGAUUGAUACUGCUGACUAUAUGAUGUCAAUUUGUGGAAAUGAUGCGCUUCGGGAACUUUCUUCUCCUGGGAAAAGUGGUAGUGUGUUUUUCCUCUCUCAAGAUGAUCGUUUCAUGAUCAAGACCUUACGAAAAUCAGAACUCAAGGUUCUUUUGAGAAUGCUUCCAUCCUAUUAUCAUCAUGUGCAAAAAUAUGACAACACUCUGAUCACCAAGUUUUUUGGCCUUCACAGGAUAAAGCCAUUCAGCGGUCAAAAGUUUCGAUUUGUCGUAAUGGGUAAUAUGUUCUGCACGGAGCUCAGGAUCCAUCGAAGGUUUGACUUAAAAGGUUCUUCGCUGGGGCGAUCUGCAGACAAGGUUGAAAUUGAUGAGAACACAAUACUCAAGGAUCUGGACUUAAACUAUUGCUUUUAUCUGGAACCUUCUUGGCGUGAGGCCCUUAUGAAGCAGAUUGAGAUUGACAGCAAAUUUCUGGAAUCACAGAACAUAAUGGAUUACAGCCUAUUGCUUGGUGUUCACUAUAGGGCACCUCAACACUUGAGAUCUCUCAUGUCACACAGUAAAAGACUCGUAGCAGAUGGACUUGAAAUUGUUGCAGAAGAAGGUAGAUCAUAUGCUUGUUUUUGUAUUUUUGUUAAGAUAGAAGAUAACUCAUAAGUAUACUAGGUGGAAAAGAAGUUGAGAACUAAAAAUAAUUUGUCUUAUUAUGUUUCUUUCAUUUUUUUUGGUGCGGGUUUGUCAUUAGUAUUAGUAACAACCUCAGGCGGUACACCAUUUAAGAUGAGACCCAAUCUUCGUUCUCUUGAGACUGUUUUCAGUGAAGAAAAAGAACUUUUUUAUUUCAGAAUCUAUGGAGGAUGAAAUAUCUCCGGAAGGCCUCAUUUUGGUCCCCAGCGGCGGUGAUGAUAAUAGUGUUGUUGUGGGUCCCCACGUCAGAGGUAGCCGAUUGCGAACAUCAUCUGCAACAGGUGAUGAAGAAGUUGAUCUUCUGCUUCCUGGAACUGCAAGGUACUUCUCCUUUACUAAAAGAAAAUUAUGCCUGGAGUAACUAUAUUUCAUUUCUCAUUCACAGUUUUUGCCGGUGUUUUGCAGACUCCAGAUACAACUUGGAGUUAACAUGCCCGCAAGGGCGGAGCUGAUUCCCGGUAGAGAAACCAGUCAAAUCUUUCACGAGGUUUAUGACGUCGUUUUAUACCUAGGCAUUAUUGACAUUUUGCAAGAGUACAACAUUGGUAAGAAGAUUGAACAUGCCUACAAAUCGAUGCAGUUUGACUCCAUCUCUAUAUCAGCUGUAGAUCCUAUUUUUUACUCCCAGAGGUUUCUGGAUUUUAUGAAGAAGGUAUUUCCCCCUAAUACGGUAGUAAACUAGAAGAUUAAAACCCCAGGCAGGAAGUUUUUGCCUUUACCACUGGAACAGCAGAUACCGUGCAAAACAAUUCAAAUAUUCUUCUCUUCAUAAUUGUUUGUAUUGCUUUUGUGUCGCCAUUACUAUACAAGUUGAUUAUUCUGGGAGAGGAAACUGGUCUAUACGCAUUAUUUUGAGAUCGAACCCUGGAAUAUAUUUUUGCUUGCAAUUUAUAAGCGGCUCCAAACUUUGGACUCACC